AUGACACCGGCUCCGAAAGACUCCAACUGGGCGGACGCGGAUGAAGAUGACGGCAGUCCUGAGGAAUCCGAGGCUGGGCAAGAAGGCGAAGGUAGCGAUGAAGCAGAGGCCUUUACCAUCGAAGCAAUCCUUGCGGAGAGGGUGCACGAUGGCACAACUCAGUAUCUCAUCCGCUGGGAGGGCUGGGAUCUGUUAUGUGCAACCUGGGAACCCGAGGAAUCCUUCAACGACAAAGAUGCCUCUUUGAAAACGUGGAGAGAGGCCAAAUUGGAGAUUCUUGCGGGCAGGAAGCCCAAGUUCAACGUGGAAAAAUUCGACAAAGAUAAAGCCAGGAUUACCGCCGAUGUUUUGAAACGAACAGGAUCAACCUUGGAAGCCUACAACGAUCAUCUCCAGACCAAUAUAGAUGAUUAUUAUCUGACUCCAGCAAUUCGAUUUCCAGAUUCUCGUGAAGAAACUCGCGCAGUAAACUCGUCAAUGAAGUGGCCAGCAAAUCGUACCCAAUAUUCUACGCCCGACUCUCCAUCAACCUCAGCCAUGACCCAACCCGCCGCUCCAAGUCAUCACUCCAAGCCAUUUUCUGCAUCUGGCCCCCAGACAGAAGCAGCUGGGCCAUAUAUGCCACCCCGUGAGGAACCCGAGGGAAAUACCAAAACCGCAGGCUUGGAGACUACGCGAAUUCCUGCAGAUGCUUCUCGAUUGCCGGGCCAACCAAUGCAGUCAAUAUCUGAGCAUACAGCACAGAAGCCUCAGCGGCCGCAGCUCUUGAUUUCAGCGAGCGGAGCUACUCCCCGCGUUCACAGUGAACCAAAGACAACGGUCAAUAAACCCCCUGCGACCAAUUUUGGUACUGGCCUUGCUGUCAGAAGAGCGCCGCAAGGAAAGUAUGAUCGUGCACCACUUCCUAAUGAGGUAUCGCUUCAAAGGCCGUCCGAGGUAUCAGGCAGACUGCCCAGAACAUUGGCUAUUCCAUGGAAGCCUGAUUCAAUCUCAGUCCCAUCUGAUACAGUUGAAUCGAUCAAUGACUCUGAUCUUCGCAAUUCGUCUCUGGCAUCAAAAACCUCAAACCUUCAAUCUGCUCCUCCAACACUUGGAGGACAUUCAUUUGAUUCGGAAGCUGUGAAUGAGCCACCUCCAGGCUUCCAGUCCUCCACAGAUCAAGCGACCGCAGCCGAAAAUGCAGACUCUAUUCUGCAGAAAUCCCUAGCUCAUGAUCCUCCCUCUCAUUUUUCUCAGGGCAGUAAAAUCGCUCGCCCUGAAAGACCGCAUCAUGCAUUUCCGAUACCGUUUGCUUCCGGUCCCUCACCACCUCCCGAGGCAAUCAUUCCGGGCUACAAAUCCGUCAAGAACUACUCGAGAAGAGCGACGGUCCAGGUCUCUUGGUCCCCGGUCUCGCUCUGGGUCCCCCCCUCUUCGUUCCCCAGCAUGCAGAAAAAAGACAACGGGUAUCCUCACCAAGGAGGAGCGAGCCUCAUAGAGCCGCUUCUCCCCAUGAAUGAAGCCGGCGGGCAUAGGGUUUCCGACGAACGUUCUGGUUUCUCGAGGCCUCUGGAACGAACACUGAGCAAUUAUAAUCCUCAGCGCUCUCAAUCUCUCCACUCUGGGGCUCUUCCAUCUGACCCAGCACUUACUCCAUCAAUGCCGCAACCAGUGAUUGUUUCAAAUAAGUCACAUUCCACGUCGCCAGCGUCAGUUCCGCCGUCAAAAAUUUCUUUCUCUACCUGCGUUGAGGAGAAGGCCGCGAAUUUCCAAGCAAAGCCCCCUAUGGCGCGUGCUCGGUAUUUCAACAACUACUUUGCCAACCCUGGGGAGAUUCUUGUUAUGUGGUGCUGGGUUUCAUUCGAAGCAGAAGCUCCAGUCCGGGGGAACGGAGAAGUUCCAGAAAUGUGGUUUAAAGACAUUUGCACCGGUUUUGAAUACGCUUCCAUGUGUGACGAGCUGAAAAAGAACGUCAUCUAUGAAAACGCAUGGAUUGAAGCCUUUCCAGAGUCAGCUGGAGGCAUGUUCCAUAUGGAGGAAAUUCUCGUCAAGCGGGGAUGCCUCAGUUUGUUCACCCCCAAGGAAUCUCCUCAGAACACGUGGCUUGCAUACAAUGCCGUUAUCAUCUUCGCAGUCCGAAGUGGAAUUAGACCCCAUAUCAUUGAACGUGUUCUUGGAGAACGAUCGAACCGGCCGGGACAAGGUUCAGGGAACAGAUCGACACUUCAACCUGGUUCGCAGGUUUUUUCUCAGCCAAAUUUCAUUGAAACGCAAUCUGAUGCUGGCAUUCCAGGCUUACUAGGGCAAGGGAACCCACGAAAAAGAUUCAAUCCUGAUCGUUCGCAGUGGGGCUCUGAGCUGAUACUUUCAAACGGGGGCAAUCGUACAUCGCUUACUCGACCAGAAGACGUUGAUAGGCCCAAUAGGUCCGUUAAUCCCCGUCGUCGAUUGUCAAAUCCCGAAACCUUGUUUCAAAACGCGCCAACGCCUAUUGGUCCUAUUGGUAUCAAGGAGGCAAAUACCGAGUUCACCGCUCGAGUCCAUCAGAUGAUCAACAAGAUCAAAGAGAAGAGCUCUUUUCAUGAGUCCUUUCAGGGGUAUGGUAGCUUGUCCCCGCCAAUCCGACGGCUCAUUCGAAAUGAGACAUUUCAUUUCUGGUCAAUUAACCUCUCAACUCCACUUCAAUUUCCAAGUAUUGCGGAACGCGGAGCGGAUCAUUUUAUGCAACGAAUCUUCCCCCGUGGUGGUGAUGGUGUGGUCCUCUUCACAGAAAAUAUUCUCUUUGAAAAUUUGCCCCAGGCUGUUCAAAUAAUAGCAUGGUUCAAGAAAACAGCUCCUUCGAUGAAAGGAAAUUGGAAACUCGUCUUCUGGCCUAAUGUGAUGGAAAGUUUGGAGGCCGCUCUUCAGGACCCGGGGAGAAACCAGGAUGAUGAUCGGCACAUUUGUAUGAUCCUGGCUUUGAUCCGCAACUUGAACUCCCGUGCCUCUUGUGGCUUUCAGAUCGAAAGCCUGGACAUUGCGCAAAUGGACCGGCGAAAUCAUGUUGUCCUCUGCCUCCCUGUUGUCAACUAUGGUCAGAGAAAUCAUCAUAGCCACGAUGCGGUUCCUAGCGGACUAACACAGGCUGAGAUAAAUACGGACCACCUUGUGGAGGCCUUUGCUGGAUGGAUACAGCAUCAUGCUGCUCGAUUUCAACAUUGCAUUGCCUUAGUCAAGCUUGAUAAUAAGAGGCUUUUCGACCGUUGGAGCGCGUGGGGUCACAUCACUAUUAACGACAUUGCGGGUUUCUUCAAGACGAUGAAUCUUGGACCUGAUGCCUAUCAUGAUUAUCUCUUUCCCCCACCGCAAGUUGAACGGGAUGAUCAACAAGCUGAUGACUCGCCAGCCUUCCAAGCCAAACCCGGUAAUCUUUCCCGCACAUCUCAAAUACCUGCAGAGUCCAGGACGCCUGUUGAAGGCAGCCAUCCCACGAUUUCAUCUAGGGAUCCUCGCAAGGCCAAUCGAAAGACUUGA